AUGGCCCAAGGCAACUGCCAGUUCGCCGCGACUUCAGACGAUAACGGCGCACAUUCCCCAAUUCGUCGGCCAAGUUCUCAGAUUCGUUCCUCACUAUUUUCAUAUGCUUCCAUUUCCGAGCAUGCCCUUUCUUGUCUAGGAGACCUUAAGGGAGACUCGGUUACCUUUUUCGCCCACCGGGACGAGGCGAGGCCCUUCUCCCCAAGCUUCAUGUCGUUGAUGACGGUCACAGCGGAGCCGUCCGACAUGCGCACAGCCUUGGGGAGGCGCGGGGCUGGGGGGGCGGGGGGCCCCUCCCGCCAUGGCCUAGCCUCGAGUCCAACCAGCGCGGGGAGGUCUCACAGCUCGCCACGGGAAGACUUCAACGGCUUCUGCGUGCCGAAAGCCCUCGAUUCAUCGGAGAGUAGCCUUAGGCUUUUGGACAUUUCAAUGUAA